CCAGUCACCUGCUCUAUACUUCCAAGCACCAUGUCAUUUACUUGUCUCCUAGUGCCCCUCAUCAACUCCUUCAUAUCACUCACCAUGGUCUGGCCAUCAUAUAAAUCUUUAUAUAUCACUUUAACAUUAACAUAAAUUGUCCCUCCAUAUCCACAUCAUAGUCCGCAUGAUGCAACGCCUGGCCCAACAUCCCCCUGAUUCAACCGUUCUUACUCGUCUAUCAUUAGCCAAGUUCUCCCAUACAACUACAUCGCUUACCCACAGAGGCCCGCUCAACUGGAGUCAUAUAAUGGGGAACGGAGAUAUGACCGCUAUCUUUGAGAGGCGCACGAUGACAAGCUUCACCCCAGACAGAGUACUAUUGAAGGUCCUCCGUGUCCAUGAAAGCUUGGAAGAGAUUGACCUCACUCACUUCGUUAUCGAAGCUGAGAAUAUAACCCAGUCGAGUCAACACGCAGUAUCCAAGCCAAUAUUCGCAGUGGUCGUGAAGCCACCGUGCCUUGCAGUGAAAUAUCCACGGGGAAAUACGGUCCGCCGAUUUCAAAUCAAGUUCACCUUUGAUUCCGACUACUACACCGCUUUGUCUAUUCUUAGAGAAUUAGGGUGUCCAGUCUCAGAGCCUAGCGUCGGUAACAUGCGCAAAUUGACCUCGUCACAAUGGAACUCGGGCUCGAUCGAAGGGGCAUCUAUGAGCAGAGAACCUCCAUAUAGCUUGAGUAGUAUGCCAGGUCCAUCCGAGCCUGUGGGUGCUUCUAGUCUCCAACGCUCAUCGACCACCGGUGCAUCAGGUUCGUCAUCUAGCGUUACAGCUUGCAACUCAUUACCAUCUACAUCAUGGAGUACUGCUCAAACAAGUGAGACGACCUGUGCUAAGGGGUGCAAAGACCAAGUUUCCCUCGCAACAGCACAUACACCGUUCCAGAACGCCCCAGCAGUCGGCCAGAGUGACGUGACAAGCUCCGACAUAAUCACAUCAAGGCCCUUCACCUCGUCAGCUGCUGAACGUCUUCUCAAACCAGAGAUAGACAUACCACCACGGAGAGUUCUUCCAUGGUCGAGUACUUCCAAGAGAGCCAAUACCAUGACAAAAGCACCACCCACUGUCCCAUACGCGACAGUCACCGGUGGUACCUCAUCGAACAUUGCAACAGAUACAACCAACAAUUCUCAAAUACCUACCAAACCAUCCCCAAUUGCCCAUUCAAACCAAAUGAAAAUGCAAACGCAAACACGAACAGCCACAUCAGGCGAAAGGACUACCAUGCCUCGCCUACGACUACUCCCACCAAAAUUACCCAACGCCGAAAACGGCAGACAAAAGCCUCAGCCAGAGUCAGGACCAAACGUAUCAUCUCACACAGAGCCAUAUAACCACGCUCCGUGCCAAAAAGAAGCCAAUCCGCCAGUUGUUCCAUCGUACUCAGCUAUCAAUAGCAACCUACAAGCCGAGAGAACCGAAGCGAGCAAACUAUCGACAGGGAAGCAAGGAGAGGCGCAACAAGCAAAAAUUGUGGAUGCUCUAACGAUAGCAGAUCUUUCUUCAUAUAUAUCUAACCCCACCGAAGAGCGUAUGGCUAGUUUAGAGACGUGGAUCUGCAAUCAGCUCGAAGACGAUGGGUUCCUCGAGCUUUGUCGGGAUGUAGAAGGUAUAUGGCAGAGGAUUGCGUUCGGGAGAUAACAUGAGGGUUUAAUAAUUAGUAUAUUGUUUUGUUG